CGACUCCACGUCGGGGACGCCCAGCUGGGCUACCGCUUCGAGCUGGUGCCCGACCACAACAACAACAUCACCGGCUCGGGCGUGUGCGUGGCCGAGUCCGGCAUCCCGGUGGCCCGCGGCGGGCGGUUCGCCAUCGACCUGACCACGGUCGGAUCCCCCCGGCGGGGCAGCGGCGAGUUAGGCCACGCGCUCUGGCCCCCGGGCGGCUUCGUGAUGUCGGCCGCCGUGCAGGGGGAGGGCCGGCGCGGCAGGCCCUCCGUGGAGAUCGGCGUGGCGCACGUCGGGAGCGCUGAGGACGUCGCCGCGUUCGUCGCUCUGGCGGUCGUCGUCGACCUCAACAUGGACGUGUGUCGGCUCUUCUCCUGCAAGCUGCGCCGAGAGCUGUCGACGUGAACGGCGAGGGGGGAGGGAGAUUGGGUGGUGAUCGGACGAACUUGUUUUCGUUGUUUGUCUGUAAUCCCGCUGAGUACGGGUGUGUUGUUCGUCUUCUAGGUGCCUUUUGUAGCCUAGAAGAAGCCAUAAAACUAGGGUCUAGGGUGAGCGAGGCGAGGUGGUGUUGCUGGUGUUUUUUUUUUGGAUUCCCAGCCUCUCUGCAUCGUGCUCGACUAUUGUGUUGUUUCUCGAAAUGCUCGACUGUUGUGUGUUUUCUGAUUUGUUUCCUUGGGUGUUGCUGCUCUACACCAGUUGCUCAACAAAUAGCGGAACAAAGCGUUGUUUGACGCUCUAGAGAAGGUUAAAUCCGGUAAAUUUAGUUGCAUUACUUUCUACUACAAAACUUCAGUCACUGUUGUCGUACGUAGGUGAAGUUGAAUUUGACGCAUUUUUUAUUUCCCUGUGCAUGACAGAGCUGAUGACAAUGGGGUAUAUCAUUGUCGUUGACCGUGACGGGAAGGUGCAUAGCACACAUAUGCAUCCUAAAGGCAGCCUCAAACGCCAUGAUAUCAUGUCGUCAGUCCAGACGC